UGCGUGCUGUGUAGAUGUUAGAAGUCGGGAGUAAAGGAACUGAAUGUAGAUGUAAAUGAAACAGAAGGCAGGUUAAUUGUGAGAUUAAGUGUAUAUGUGUGUAUUUGCGGAGUUAAUGCGUGUACGGUGUGUUUAAGCGCAGUUAAACGACGGACUUGGUGGUAAUCCGGGUACCGGUGGUCUGAUCCUCUGUUUACUGUUGAUUGGUCUCUGAGCAGUCUGCUCAUGGUGCGCGCGCUUGGGGCAGGCCUCGCGACGGUGGCUCGUGAGGUACAGGCGCUGUUAAAAGCGAAUGUGAGUAGCAGACGGUCGGGGAUUGAUCGCAACUCUGCUCCUGCGUUACUGUCUGCACUUCUGACCAGGUCUUUUAACAGCAAGGCCGGAUUAAGAAUGCCGGAAAUAAACACUGACAAUCUUGAUGAGAAGCAGGUGAGCCUGCUGGCAGAGAUGUGCAUUGUGAUCAAUGAAAACGACCAGAAAACGGGAGCAGACACCAAGAAGAACUGCCACCUCAACUCAAACAUUAGCAAAGGAUUACUGCACAGAGCGUUCAGUGUUUUCUUGUUCAACAGUGAAGAAAAGUUGCUCCUGCAGCAAAGAUCUGAUGCUAAGAUCACUUUCCCAGGGUGUUUCACUAAUACAUGCUGCAGCCACCCUUUGUACACGGCACAGGAACUGGAGGACCAGGACGCCAUUGGGGUGAGACGAGCUGCUCAGAGGAGGCUGGAGGCUGAGCUUGGCAUUCCUGUGGAUCAGGUUCCUCCAGAGGAGAUGACCUAUCUGACGCGCAUCCACUAUAAGGCCGAGUCAGACGGAGUGUGGGGCGAGCAUGAGAUCGAUUACAUCCUGUUCAUUCAGAAGGAUGUGGAGCUGCAGCCCGACCCCAACGAGGUGAAAAGCCACCGCUACGUCUCUAAAGAGGAGCUGAAGGAACUGCUGGAGCAGGCUGGAAGGGGCGAGCUGAAAAUUACACCCUGGUUCAGCCUUAUCGCAGACACCUUCCUAUUCAAGUGGUGGGACAACCUCCAAAACCUCAAACAGUUCACCGAUCAUGAGCACAUCCACCGCAUGUGAGCAACGCUGACGAACACUGGACAAUACCAGACGUUUAUGAUGACCUUGUUUUAUCCACUGGCACAGAUUUGAGAGACUAAGUAGUUCAUGUCUGCUGUUCUUUGCUCAAGUUUGCUCUUUGCUCUUUGAGGACAAAUGUCUUUCAAGGAAGAAAUUGGCUGAAAUCCAAUUAACUGAUCACAACAGUAAUUAGACACAAACGAUUCAUCAGAUUUAUUGACUUAGUUUUGAAUUACUUUAGAGAGGUCCUGUUAUUAGCCAAUACACAUCUGUGGCCAUUAGAGGUCAUGUUCAAUUCAAUUCAUUUUCAUGUUUUACUACAGCUAUAUCCUGAUAAGUGUUGCGGUAUAUACGGUUUUCAUAGAUUUGCAGGGCGCAAUACAGUAAUUCACACUGGACUGGACACUAAUCCAUCAGUACAUAGCCAGUCAUGUCUGUUUGUAGGCUACACCGGCCGAUAGCAUAGCCAAGCACCAUCUACGGUACGAGGGAUCUUUAAAUAGUUUCCGCACUUUUAUAUUUUGGUUGGAAACGGUGAGGGUGGGAGGAGUAGUAAUUGGUCGUGUCUGAGAGACUGAGAGAGAGCUCAUAGUCCGGAUUUAAUACCAUCUGAUUUCCACCUUUUUGGAUGCUCAAAGAAGCUUUAAGGGGAAGAAGAUUCUGAUGUGAUAAUGAUGGUAAAGCAGCGGUGCAUCAGUGGCUACACGCUCAACCAAAAACAUUUUUUGCUGAUGGUAUUAAAAAGUUGGUACAAUGCUGGGAAAAAAGCAUCAGAAGGUGACUGUGUAGAAAAGUGAUAAUUCUUAAUAAAUACAGUUAAAAAAAGUGCGGAGACUUUUUGAAGAACCCUCGUAUAAUUCUAUUUAAAAGUAAAGGCAUACAUUUCUUUUUGGACAAUGUUGUGGUGGAGUUUACAGAAAACACUAGGGGCAAGGCAGAAAACCAUGGGCUUUAAAUUAGAGAAAGUAUGACUGAUGUUCUACUUAAAGUUAUUAUUACUAGUAUUAGUAUUGUACUAUACAUUUUGUUUACAAGUUUGGGUGGUAGGUGGUGGAUGUAAGAUAUCAGUCUGAAUAAGUUCAGGUAAAAUUUAUUUGUAUACUGCUUUUAACAAUGAACAUUGUCUCAAAACAUGGAGGAACCAGACUCUGUUUCUUGGGAAGCCUGGUCGAUUUGAAGGACAGUAUCCAACCAAGUGCAUACUUUAUUUAAGCUGGUAUACUUAACUCCAAAUAAAAGUGCUUACACUUUU